ACGGCGGCAGCGGCUGGAGCAGGAUGCGGCGGUGUGUGCUGUCUGCUGAUGGCAGUGAGCCGGAGUACGACAUUCAAGAGAAGAUUAACUUUGAAAUCCGCAUGCGAGAAGGUAUCUGUAAACUACUUGCAGUGAGCACACAAAAAGACCAACUCUUACAAGCAGUUAAAAACCUGAUGGUCUGCAAUGCUCGUAUACUUGCGUACAGGACAGAGCUACAGAACCAGAAAGAAGAGCUGCUCUCAUGCAGAACCAAAGAACAGCUUUCAGAAAAUGGGAGAAAAAACCGGAUGGCAUGCAGAGGAAAGGUUGCUAUAUCAGAUAUUCGAAUACCAUUAAUGUGGAAAGACUCUGAUCACUUCAGCAAUAAAGAAAAAUCACAGCGCUAUGCAGUGUUUUGUUUGUUCAGAAUGGGAGCUGAGGUUUUUGAUACAGAGGUGGCUAUUGUGGAUAAAGCCAUAACAGAUCUCUGUUUUGAAAAUGUAACCAUAUUUGAUGAAGCCAGACCAGAUUUUCAGCUGAAGGUUGAAGUGUAUAGUUGCUGUACAGAGGAGUCUUUAUGUGUAACAAAUACCCCCAAGAAACUAGCAAAGAAGCUUAAAACAUCCCUCAGCAAAGCUACAGGAAAGAAACUCAAAGCUUCACUUGAAGAAGACAGCACUGAAUCCCUUUUGCCUCCUGACCCUGUCAUCCAUGGAGCAAAAUACAGUAUGCUAGCAUAUACCACUUUGGGGCUGGAGAGUGCUGAGGACAAUUUUAGGACUCACAACCUUACUGUUACAGGAAAUGAGGAAUCCUCUUUUUGGCUACCCCUGUACGGAAACAUGUGUUGCCGUUUAGUGGCUCAGCCUUCCUGCAUGGCUAGGGAUAUGAUGGCAGGUUUUCUUAAUCAACAGCAAAUGAUAGGAAGUCUAACUAGCUGGAGGAGGCUGUAUUGCAUUCUAAGAGGUGGCAAACUCUUUUGUUACAACUCACCAGAAGAAAUUGAGGCUAAACUGGAGCCAGCAUUGACAGUUCCCAUCAACAAGGAAACCAGAAUUCGAGCUGUGGAUAAGGACUCCAAGAGAAGGACUAAUAACUUCUCUGUUAUCAACCCUGCGUCUGGAGAGGCUGUGACGCAACUUUUUGCUACUGACAGUAGGGACGAACUUCAUGAGUGGAUGGAGGCUUUCUGGCAGCACUUUUAUGACCUAAGCCAGUGGAAACAUUGUUGUGAAGAACUUAUGAAAAUUGAGAUUAUGUCACCACGGAAACCACCUUUGUUCUUGACAAAAGAAGCGACCUCCGUCUACCAUGAUAUGAGCAUUGAUUCUCCAGUGAAACAUGAGGGCUUAGCUGAUAUCAUACAAAGAAAAAUUGAAGAGACUGAUGGUGAGUUCCUGCUUGGCCAGCAAAAAGAGUCUGCAUCUUCCCUGUGGGCUUCACUCUUUGAUGGAUCUCAUGAGAUGGUGGUUCAGAAAAACAUGCAUCUGAGCCCCAAAAGAAAUACUACAAGUCCUAAUGACAGCAGAGGAAAGAAAAGAAGAGCUCCACCUCCACCCUCUGAUAAGUCACCCUACAGUGCAAAAGCACAGGUGAACACAGAGGAAGUGGGCAAAGAAAACUGGGAGAAGUCUGACUGCACAUCUACUAAUAGUUCUUCUUUUGAUUCAAAGUUAUCUGCAAAACUGCAGCAGUUGCAGACACCCACUGCUGCUCCUCACAAAAUCGGUCCUUGUAAUAAAAGCACUUUAGCUGGCCAUGGGAAUCCCAUUUCAUUAGUUAACAAGACUGAGUCUGAAACCAAACCGGUACCAGCCCCUAGACAGAAAUGCAUCAGAGAAAUGCUAGACCCUAGAUCCUGGUUACAGCCAUAGACAUCAUAAUUAAAGAAGUGUCUGGAAUUUUAAGUUUCUCAGCCUUCUACAUCUCUUGAAUGAAAAUAGAUUUUAGCAUAUAGCUCAUAAGUAUUGAAGCAGAAGUGGAUUUGGGUUUGGUUUUGUUCGGUUGGCUGGUUUUUUCCUUUUAGGUAGGGCAUUACUACUAGCUGCAUUCUCAGCUGUACUCAGUAUUGCUAACAUCUAAAUCAUUGCACUAAUAACUGGGGGACUUAUCUCUAUCUGAAAUAACAGUGCUACUUCUGAGGAGUGGUCCAGUACGCUCCCCUUGAAAAAACUGCAGUGUUCAGGGUAACUCAGUGUCCCUGCAGCAGGGUUGUUACCAUUACCUUCUACCAGACCAUUAGGUUAGCCCAUCUGCAUCUUCUCAGGCUGGUCCAAGUGGGAAUUUCACACAGACUCGGCACAGAUCUCGCAAAAUCAAUUUUCUUGGGCUUCGUGCUUGGCACCACCUAAAAUAUUUUUCUCUCUCCCUCACUGUUUGGGAACCACUCCUUAUAAUGUGAUAUUCUAUGAGGAGUUAUUGUACUCUUCUGAACAGCUUUGUAACUCCGUAUGAAUUUCUGAAACAGUUCUAUCAAUUUAGCACGGGAUCGCCUACAUUCUUGCUGGUGCAUGUGCUGUCCAAGUAGCUGAGGAUUAUCUCUGUAUGAGCUACUUGUCUCAGUCUAACGUGAACAUUUAAAAGCUGUACUACAUAUGAACACCUAUUCAGGAUUUCAUUUUUAUGGUUGGGUUGUUUGGGUUUUUUUUGACAAACAGGGCUCUGUAGCAUAGCUUCUCCUUUGUGGAGCCUCUCAGCUGUUCCUGGUUUGUAAACACAACAGUGUUACUGGUAAGCAGUAAGGUCUUUUCACCACUUGUUAUUUUCUGAAAUAGGAGAGAGUAAGUACUUCGGGUCAAAAUACUGAACUUUGGUAUUAUUCCAUCUUAUUCUUCCAUCUAUUCUUCCAUCUAGACUUACCAUUUUUGUAAGAAGUAUGGGUUAUUAGGGUUCCUGUGGCACCUGCAAAAACAUCUACUGCAAAUGGGAAAGAUUAUGUUUUCCUGGAUCCACAACUUAAGUAUCCAACCCUUUCCUUAGCUGAUGCAUUUAUGUCAGAUGCUGGAAGUUAUCCAGGAGCAACUGUAUACAUACAGUUCAUUAAUUUUUGUUUUUUUUCUAAAAUGCAGAUGGCUUUGAGAGCUUUACUCUUUCUCCAGAAGAUAUUGUGUGCAUGGUUGGUUUGUUUUAUCUAAUUUUUGUCUUUUGCUAAGCUCUUGGCUGCACAGCUGUAAAGGUGUCUGCUGAAUUCCCUCAGUAGUUCAUUGCCUAUUUGGGAUAGGGUUUGAGAGGCAGGUUUCAUUUACAAAUCCUUUUGCAGGAUUAGAGCCCUUUGUUUCUGGAAUGUCCUUGUUCAUUCUUCAUUUAAUCACAUUCCAUUUUCCCUCUGAAAUAACCAUAAUCAUUCUUACAAUAAAUCAUGCUGUUAUUAAAGUGUAUGGUUUGUGAAUGGUUUAUAAAUAGGAACAGAAAAACUGAAGAAUAACUACAUGAUUAUGUAAAUCAGACACAGUCGACUAAGUGGACUGUGCAACUCUGAGCAAGAAAUAGGAAAAAAUAAAGAGGGGAAGAAAAGCCGUAUUUUCCAAAAUGCAGCUGCAGUUUACUUAGCUUUAAAUCUAGCCUUAAAUGUUACCAUGCCCUGGAAAGAAUGAAUACCUUUUUCCUGGUAACCCCCUUCCAUUUAUUUGUUAUAUUUAAAAAUAAAUCUCAUAAAUAUAUAAGGCAGGAAGGCACUGUAAUGAGGAUUUAUUUUUAAAUUCAACAGGCCAUUGAAUUUCAACGAGCAGUUUCUCUUAAAUUCAGUGGCUUUGUUUUGAACUGAACAUACAUAUUUUAGGAAGGCAUUUAAUAUUAAUUUAAAGCCUUCAAGUGAUGAGAAUUCACUCAUACCUCCUGUUGCAUUAGUUAAUUAUCCAGGUACAUUUUACACUUGAUUUUCUAUUUGCAUUUCUAGCUCCACCUUAAGUUAUUUUGGUCUUUUUAUGCAUUUGAUUGCUUAUAUUGAUCUCCGUAGUAUCAGCUUUUCUAAUUGCUUGUGUGCAGUUAUAAAUCAUGAUUAUGUCCCUUUUAACCUUUUCUCUGAUGAGAUGCACUGAAUCCCUUAACUUUCUUAUGGCAAUGAAUGUUAUACAAGACUAAUUAAUCUUCACAUUCUUCUCUGUACUUCUCAUGUGUUGAAAUAUUUUUAAGUGUGACAUCUGAAUUAGAUGCCACAUGUCAAUAAUGAUCCAUCAGGACUGUAUAGAAACAUAAUGUGAUCCUCUUACUCUGAUUAAUAUCUUGUUCCCUUCUUCUCUCAGAAAUGGUAUUAUCCUUUUUUUGUGGAAGCAUUGCCUUGGAUACUGACUUUUAUGGCUCAAGUCCUCUUCAGAGCCUUUUCCAAGAAUGCGGUACAUCAUCCUCUUAUUAUCCUACCUUACUUUUUCUUAGAAAUCUACACUGUAUUUUACCAGCAUUAAAAUACUGCCCAUGAAGCAAUCCAGAUUGCUCUGUGUAAGUGACCUGUCCUCAUUCUUUACUACUCUAGCAGUCUGCAUGUCCUUUGCAAAUUUAUUGCAGGUGAUUUUCACAGUUUCUUCCAGAUCAUUGAUUUUUAAAAUUGAAUGCAAGGCAAGGUUUGUAGAGAGAAGUGAUAAGUUUUUAUUACAUCAGUGACAUGGGUAGGGGGUGGGGAAAAGCAAACAGACAGGCCAUUGAGUUUGCUUCCCUUUUUCCCCCAGAACCUUUAAAAAAUUGAACAAAAUGGAAAACAACUGUAGUUCUUAUGGAUUCCCUGUUAAUGCUGUAUUUUGAAAUUAGUUUUCUGUCUCCAGCAUAACAUUCUAUAUUGAUUUGGUCUGGUACUGAUAUAUUUAAAGAAAAUGACAUGUUCAUCUGGUUGUCAGUACGUGACUUAGGGUUCUUAUGGGUAACACCUGAGGGCAGGUGUCUUUGCAAGCCAAGCUUACUGUAUCGAAGAGGAAAAUUCAAGCUGUUGUUCAAGACCUGUUCUCCAGGAAGCUGUGUUGACUGACAUUUUAUAUCUAUCCUUAAAUUAGACUCAUAUGAGCCAGUUCACUAUAUUACCCCAAUCCCUACUAAGCAAACUAGGCCAUUAAUUACCCGGAUCAUUCUGCUUCAGAACAACAGUGCUGUUCUUACAGUCCUGUGAAAUGUCAUGGCAAUGUUGAGACUUGUUUAAUUAAUUGCACAUUUAAGCUCCUAUAGCUUGAAAGGCUUCUGCUACUGAAAGUAGUUUCUGUUAUUUUAAAAAACCACUAUAUAAUCCCUAUUAUGAAACAUCAGUUGACUUCAGGUUUUAGUAUUUACUAUUACUGACUCAGUUGAUUUUGGGUUGGUUUUUUCUUUUCUCUUUUGUACUGCCUUUGAAUCUUCUGUUAAGCAAGUUGGUUUAACUGAUAAAAACUGCAGGCUACCAGCAAAUCUUAGCUAUACAAUAGUCAGUUAUAGGAAAUACAUUUGUACUCAGCUUUUGUCUAUGCAAGAGAACAUAAAUAUUAGUAAUAAAAAUAGAAGAAAUUUUCAAAAGUGUAAUUAAAAGAUAUAUCUGUGAGGAAAAUGGUCAUUUUUUUGGCUUUUCCACAUAGUGGCAAAUUAUAAUAUGUUAUUACUGAUACUGGUCCCUUAUCAUUGCAUAGGCUUGCUCAGAAAUUGAACUCUUCCUUUGGUUUGUUUGGGUUUGUUUGGAGAUUUUUGGGGGUUUUUUGGUUUUGGGUUUGGGUUUUUUCUUUCCAAAGUUUUCCUGGCCAUAAUGAGGAUGAAUAUUCAAAACAGGAAUUAAAACUAAUACCCUGCUUGUAUCCAAGCACUAUAUGAGGAAUGUAUGAGCUAAUAUGAGGAAGGCAGCUAUGUUGCAGUGUGGUACAGUGACAUUUUAGACUGAUUCUCUUCCCAGGCUUAAGAUCGUGGCCCAAGACAGCAACGGAAGCCCAUCUGUUGGUAGUGUGUGGGGCUGGGGAGCUGUUGGCUUCCAUCCUUCAGACUGGAGGUGAAGGGGAGUCAAGAAGCAGAGGGGUAAAAGCAGCCUGUUCCUCAUGGGACAUGACGGAAACUGUUAAACUGCUGCUUCUCAGCACUGAAGGGAGAAUGUACCCAUUAAGUCAUCUUGUCAGUUGCAUUCACUCAUGAGGGUGCUUUAAUUGCAUGAGUCAAAAUAUCAGUGAAGUUACUUGGUUAGUAUUUAUAAAGAGUGCCAAAAUAGGAAAUGUUUUACACAGGCAUAGGUGAUAUUAGCCAGCCUCCUGCUGGGACAAGGCUUGGAAGACAGCAAGAGGCCUGUGGCUUCUUGUAGACCUUAGGUCCCAUUGCCCCAUAUUCACAUGUGUGCAGGCGAGUUGGUAUGCUGCUGCUUGGCAGUAGAAUCCAUGGAAACACAGCAUUUGUUCAGAGUCACUACACUCAGACUGAACAGCUCAAACUACCCAGUGUAGCACAGUAAAGACAUCGGUAGCAUCUGCUACAGCUGAACUACACAUGUGAUUAGGGACUUUUAUGAGGAGUAUGUCAGGCCUACUCUGAAAACUGUAUCUGCUUGUUCACUGCUGGAAUGAAUUAACUGCUGCUUAGAAAGUAGUGGGAUUACUGUCUUGAAGUUGGUCAGAGACAAUAGUCGAACUCUUCUUUUAGAAAGUACAACUUGAAAGCAGCUGCUAUCCCAAACUUGAAUAUAAAUUUCACAGAACAGGAACAACUUUUGAAAUAUUAACUGAACAAAGACUUAAUUUAGUAACUUUUAUGUUGUAUCUAAUGUCUUCAGCUAUUCACUUGGUCUUGGAAUGGUAGACGGUACCUUUUGCAAUUUUAAAGACUUUAGCUUAAAAUGUUUACAUUUUUACUAGUAUUGUGAUUUUAUGUUUUUCUAUGGUAAUUAUAUUAAUAGUUAUUUUACAGUGUUGUGUACAUAUUUGGAAAUACUGUGAGAGCUGAUGUACAAUUAAUGUAGAUUGCCUUGGUAGAAAAAGUCAGAUUUGGACACUAAUGUAUUGUGAAAUGUUAGAAUAGAAAUCUUUUGCUGCUAACAUAAUGUAUUUCUGUUAAAAUAUGCAAGUGAAAUUAAAGUUCCUAGAGUAAAAGGCU